AUGAGCGGAGGCAUGGGCGUCCCGAUUCCCCCGCCGGGCGCGGGCGGUCGCUUCGGACCCAACGACGCCAAAAAAAGCGGUCGCCGCGACCGCCGCGGCGGCGGCAACUCGCGCCGCGCGUCACGCGGCGCCACCGGCAAGGGCGGUUCGGGAGGCGACGCGUCCGCUUCUUCGAACGGCGACGCGUCCGCGCCGCGCGAUCCCCGCGCGCGAUACGAUCCCAAGUACGAUUCCUUCACGCGCGGGCUCGGCGCGCCCGGUUCAUCGUCGUGGAACGCGGGAUCCACCGGUUUCAGCUCCCAGUGGCCCAACCUCCCGCCCGCGGGCGGCGCUAGGAGCCCCGCGACCCCGUCGGUCUCGUCCCAAACCGGCCCAUCCUCCUCGUCGAAGUUCCCGGAUAUACUCCGCGACACGUACAAGCCCCAGCCCCAGACGAUCCGCACGGGCAAGUGGCCGUACAACUACGUCAACGUGGCGACCGGCGGCUUGACCGGCGCCCCCCCGGCGGGGGCGCCCACGCCACCCGCGCCCGGUUCCGCGUCCUCACCCGCAGGUGUCCAGUCGGGACCGAGCGCGACGUUUCGAUCCGCGUUGCAGUCGGGCCGGUACCCGGUCCCGUCGCGAAGCGGAGCGGACGCGCUUCGAAGCAUCGCGACCGGCGGCGGGGCGGGCGGCGGGAAGACCGGGUCGCCCGUCGCCUCGCCCGCGACGACGACGAAAACGGCUCCUUCUCGCCCCCCGGGUUCGAGCGCCGCGAGUUCGCAGUCGUCGACCCCGUCGACGAAUAAACCCCCGUCAAACGCGACGAAUAAACCCCCGCGGCUGAACGGGACGAACGGCCGGGCGCCCCGCGUCGGCUCGCGCGCCAGGGGCCCCGCCAAGCGGUUCACGAUCAAGAGCGCGGACGGCCUCGGGUACCCCCUGGGACCGGUGCCGGUCAUCGCGAUGAUCGGCGCGCCGCUGUGCUGGAUCGGGUACAACAGCACGCCCAAGAUGGCGGUCGUGGACCGAAAGGAGUUCAACCGAAAGGGGGGCGCGAGCGCGAGCGCGAGCGGCGCCGGGGAUGGGGAUGGGGCGAAGAAGCUGAGGCGCGCCGGGGACGCUAUCGCGGCGGCGGCGGGAGCGGCGUUGGGGGCCGCGCCCGCCGGCGCAAGCGGCGGGGCUCCGGAUUUUUCCAAGGCAAAGAAGGAGCUCGCCAAGGCCAAGGCCAAGGUCGAGGCCAAGGCGGCGCCCCCGGGUAAGGCCAAGGUCGAGACGUCGGAUUGCGGCGGCGGUCCCCCCGUGGGCGUGAUGGCGGCGCUGGUGGGCGUCGCAGGCGCGGCUGCAGCCGUCGGCGCGGCGGUGGUCAAGUCGGGCGUGGACGCCGCCGCCAAGCAAAAGGCGCAGGACGACGCGAAGGCGGCGCAGGACGCGAAGGCGGCGGCCAAGGCGAAGGCGCAGGAGGCCGAGGAGAAGAAGAAGGCUAAGCUCGAGGCGUCCCUGUCGCCGCACGCGGCGGCGCCCACGCCGGAUGCCCCCAAGGGUGCCAAUGCGGGGACUAAAAAGACCGCGCCCCGCACCGGCCCCGAAGGCGAAGCCGCCGCCAAGGCUGAGGCCGACAAGAAGGCGCAGGAGGCUGCGGUCUCCAAGGUUGAGGCUGAUAAGGCUGCCAAGGCGGAGGCGGAGGCUAAGGCGAAGGCUGAAGCCGACGCGGAGGCUGAGCGAAAGCGGGAAGAGGCUCGCAAGCGAAAGGAGCAGGUCAAACACGAGGUUGAGCAGAAGGAGAAGGCGAUCGAGGCGGAGGCGGCGGCGCAGAAGCAGAAGCAGGCGGUCGAGGCGAAGCUGAACGACAUCGCCGCUUCCCAGACAAAGGCGGAGGACAAAAAGAAGGAGGACAAGAAGGCGAAGAUGAAGGAGGAGAAGAAGGAGGAGAAGAAGGCGGCGAAGCAGGCCGCGAAGCAGGCCGAGACCGCGAACGCCGGCGGUUAG